AUGCAUAUGAAAGUUCCAAUGGAGGAAAAGCCGUUUCCUGCAUGGUCAUGGUCAGUUGAGGAGUGUUUGAAAGAGUAUGGUGUGAAACUGGACAAGGGUUUGAGUUCUAAUGAGGUUCAGAAGCGGCGCGAGAGAUGCGGUUGGAACGAGCUAGCGAAAGAGAAGGGAAAGCCGUUAUGGAAACUAGUGUUGGAACAAUUUGAUGACAUGUUGGUGAAGAUACUUUUGGUUGCGGCCUUUGUUUCAUUUCUUUUAGCGUACAUUCAAGGGAGUGAAUCGGGGGAGUCUGGAUUUGAAGCUUACGUAGAGCCGCUUGUGAUCAUUUUGAUUUUAGUCCUUAACGCAAUUGUCGGAGUUUGGCAAGAGAAUAAUGCUGAAAAGGCUCUUGAAGCUCUUAAAGAGUUGCAAUGUGAGUCUAUAAAAGUUUUGAGGGACGGAUAUUCUGUUCCUGAUUUGCCUGCGCGAGAGCUUGUUCCGGGCGACAUUGUUGAGUUGCGUGUUGGAGAUAAAGUUCCUGCUGACAUGAGAGUUGCAGCUUUGAAAACCUCAACAUUGAGGCUGGAACAAAGCUCGUUAACCGGAGAAGCAAUGCCUGUUCUGAAAGGCACAAAUCCUAUUUUCAUGGAUGAUUGUGAAUUGCAGGCCAAAGAAAAUAUGGUAUUCGCUGGCACAACUGUUGUCAACGGAAGCUGUCUUUGCAUUGUUAUUACUACAGCAAUGAACACCGAAAUCGGAAAGAUACAGAAACAAAUACACGAGGCUUCGUUGGAGGAGAGUGAUACUCCGUUGAAGAAGAAGUUGGACGAAUUUGGUAGCAGGCUAACAACUUCAAUCGGAAUAGUUUGUCUCGUCGUGUGGAUUAUAAACUACAAAAACUUCAUUUCUUGGGAUAUUGUCGAUGGAUGGCCUUCAAACGUUCAAUUUUCGUUUCAGAAAUGCACUUACUAUUUCAAAAUCGCUGUUGCUCUUGCCGUGGCUGCAAUACCAGAAGGUCUUCCAGCUGUCAUCACGACAUGUUUAGCGCUCGGUACAAGGAAAAUGGCACAAAAGAAUGCGAUUGUGAGAAAGCUUCCUAGUGUUGAAACUUUGGGAUGCACCACUGUGAUUUGUUCCGAUAAAACUGGUACGCUGACUACAAAUCAAAUGUCUGUGAUGGAGUUCUUUACAUUGGGAGGGAAAACCACUGCUUCUAGAGUCCUUAGAGUUGAAGGGACAACUUAUGAUCCAAAAGACGGAGGCAUCGUUGAUUGGACUUGCUAUAACAUGGAUGCGAAUUUGUUAGCCAUGGCAGAAAUAUGUGCUGUUUGUAAUGAUGCUGGUGUUUAUUUCGACGGUCGCUUAUUUCGAGCCACGGGUUUGCCAACUGAAGCUGCUCUCAAAGUUUUGGUUGAAAAGAUGGGAUUUCCAGAUAUCAAGUCAAGGAACAAAACUCGCGACAUGCAAGGUGCAGCAAACAACACGAUGGAUUGCGAUACCUUGAAGCUAGGCUGUAGUGAGUGGUGGAAUAGAAGAUCCAAACGGGUAGCUACGUUGGAGUUUGACCGUGUUAGAAAGUCGAUGAGUGUUAUUGUUCGCGAACCAGAUGGGCAAAAUCGGCUUCUUGUCAAGGGUGCUGUUGAGAGUUUAUUGGAGCGAAGUUCGUUUGUGCAACUUGCGGAUGGAUCUCUUGUUCCAAUAGAUGAUCAAUGUAGGGAACUACUACUUCAAAGACUCCAUGAGAUGAGUUCGAAGGGGUUGCGUUGCUUGGGUUUGGCAUGUAAAGAUGAGUUGGGAGAGUUUUCAGACUAUUAUGCGGACACACAUCCUGCACACAAGAAAUUGCUUGAUCCAACAUACUAUUCAUCCAUUGAAAGUGAUUUAGUUUUUGUCGGCGUUGUUGGUUUAAGAGACCCUCCUAGAGAGGAAGUUCACAGAGCAAUUGAGGAUUGCAAGCAAGCUGGUAUUCGAGUUAUGGUGAUAACCGGAGAUAAUAAGUCAACAGCCGAGGCUAUUUGUAAGGAAAUCGGACUUUUCUCUAGAGAUGAAGAUCUUACAGGUCAAAGUUUGACAGGUAAAGAAUUCACGUCACUUUCUCAUUCUGAACAAGUUAAACUAUUGUUGAGAAAUGGAGGCAAGGUUUUCUCGCGAGCCGAGCCUAGACACAAGCAAGAAAUUGUGAGACUGUUGAAGGAAAUGGGAGAGAUUGUUGCAAUGACUGGAGAUGGUGUGAAUGAUGCACCUGCACUUAAGCUUGCUGACAUAGGGAUAGCUAUGGGAAUAACUGGAACUGAGGUUGCAAAAGAAGCUUCAGAUAUGGUGCUUGCAGAUGACAAUUUUAGUACUAUUGUUUCAGCUAUCGCUGAAGGUCGAGCUAUUUAUAAUAACAUGAAAGCAUUUAUAAGGUACAUGAUAUCGUCAAAUGUCGGAGAAGUGAUAUCCAUAUUCUUGGCAGCAGCUUUAGGGAUCCCAGAAUGCAUGAUACCAGUACAACUUCUAUGGGUGAAUUUGGUAACUGAUGGUCCACCUGCAACAGCUCUUGGUUUCAACCCUGCUGAUGUAGAUAUCAUGCAGAAGCCACCUCGAAAAAGCGACGACGCCCUUAUAAGUACUUGGGUUCUUUUUCGUUACCUAAUAAUUGGUUCCUAUGUCGGAAUCGCAACAGUUGGCAUUUUUGUCUUGUGGUACACUCAGGCAUCUCUUCUUGGCAUCAGUCUUGUUAAUGAUGGACACACAAUUAUAGAAUUGUCACAGCUUCUCAACUGGAGGGAAUGUCCUUCAUGGUCUAAUUUCACCGUUUCUUCAUUUGACGCUGGUGGUGGUCGCUUGAUGGCGUUUUCAAAUCCCUGUGACUAUUUUUCAGUUGGCAAAGUAAAGGCCAUGACACUUUCUCUCUCUGUCUUGGUGGCAAUUGAGAUGUUUAAUUCUUUGAAUGCUCUAUCAGAAGAGAAUAGCUUGAGGACAUUACCACCUUGGAGGAAUCCUUGGCUUUUGGUAGCCAUGACAACAUCUUUAGGACUACAUUGCCUCAUACUUUACAUUCCAUUCCUCUCUGAAGUGUUUGGUGUUGCUCCAUUAAGUUUGAAGGAGUGGUUUUUGGUGAUUCUGAUAUCAGCACCUGUUAUUCUUAUUGAUGAGAUUCUAAAGUUAGUGGUGAGAAGUCAAAGGAGGAAGAGAAAAGAGAAAGAAGCAUGA